UUCCUCCCGUUAGGGGCCCCGCCUUCGCCCUGCGGCUGCCUCGCCCCUGCCGCGGGCCGCGACUCUCGUGUGGCUGGUCUCAGCGCGCGGCGCAGGCCGCUCCGCCUUGCGGACGGGUCUGUUGGUCUACAUGUUGCUGAAUGGACCGUUCCCAAGAGCAGGGAGUCUGCCCUGAGGGCUAAUAAUCCAUGAACCGUGCAAAUAUAGUGCUAUCAAACAACAGAUAUACAACACCAUGCAUAUAGAUUUCUGCUUCUGACACCAUCACAGAACCCUGAAUACCUACCUUGUGUCAUGGCUGUAUAGAAGACAUCCAGCUGAUAUCAUUAAUGGACUCCAAUGAACAUCCUUUUGGAGUCCACUGACUUUUUAUAUCGGGGAUGCAUGCUCUCAUGGACAACAUGAAAGGGUAGCGGUGAAAGUUUUACAUUGACAACAAAAUUUUUGUUACUACUGCAGGCUGGUGAUCUGACAUGGAAAAUAGUUAAUUUAGUUUUUGGCUCAAUUUAACUUCCGGAUAACUGCCUUUUUUAAUUCAGUGGCCCUAUAGAAACCCCUCGAUUUUAGAUUUUUAAUGACAGUGUUGUCUUAAAUAGACAAUUAGAAUGAGUAAAAGCAAAUUGGUUUCCUUCUGGAAAAUUUUUCUCUAUUGACCAUGUUUAACCAUUCUGUUUUAUUCAGCUAUUUUUUUUAAACAUCUCCCAAAGAGUUAAUGCACCUUAUAUAGGACACCUGACCUUUUGCAGCUUCAUAAUUCAUAUCUAGAUGUCACCAGUGUUUCCCAUGUUAACAGUUCUCAGCAUGUUUUACUAUAUCUGCCUUCGGCGCCGAGCAAGGACAGCUACAAGGGGAGAAAUGAUGAACAGCCGGAGAGCUAUUGAAUCAAACAGCCGAGCCUUACCUAUCAAUGUUGAAGUAGUCCAGUAUGCCAAAGAAGUGUUGGAUUUCAGUUCUCAUUACGGUAGUGAAAACAGCAUGUCCUACACCAUGUGGAAUUUGGCAGGUAUUCCAAAUGUGUAUCCCAGUUCUGGUGACUUCACUCAGACUGCUGUGUUUCGAACUUAUGGAACUUGGUGGGAUCAGUGUCCUAGUGCCCAGUUGCCAUUCAAGAGGACUCCACCUAACUUCUAUAGCCAGGACUACGUAGAGCUUGCUUUUGAGGAGCCAGUUUAUCCCACAGCAGUGCAUGUUCUGGAGACAUAUCACCCUGGGGCUGUAAUUAGGAUUUUGGCUUGUUCUGCAAAUCCCUAUUCCCAAAAUACACCAGCUGAAGUAAGGUGGGAAAUCCUUUGGUCAGAAGCACCUAGCAAGGGGAAUUCUCCUCAGGCUCGCCAGUUCACACCUUGUAUUAAACAGAUUGACUUUCCCACAAAUCUAAUCCGAUUGGAAAUAAAUAGUUCCCUUCAGGACUAUUACACUGAAUUAGAUGCAGUAGUACUGCAUGGUGUGAAAGAGAGACCUGUACUUUCACUUAAGACAUCGAUGAUAGAUAUGAAUGAUUUGGAUGAAGAUGAUGAUGAAGAAAAGAAUGGCUGUGAAAUGGAUAGUCUUAAUAAACAGUUCAGUGUUACAGCCCUCAGGGAAUGGACAACUAAUGGAUAUUUUGAUAAACUGCCUUAUGAGCUCAUUCAGUUGAUUUUGAGUCACCUCACAGUACCAGACCUGUGUAGACUAGCACAGACUUGUAAGCUACUAUAUCAGCAUUGCUGUGAUCCUCUACAAUACAUUCACCUCAGUUUACAACCCUACUGGGCAAGGAUAAAUGACACAUCUCUGGAAUACCUACUGUCUCGCUGCACUCUCGUCCAAUGGCUGAAUUUAUCUUGGACAGGAAACAGGGGAGCCAUAUCUGUUUCUGGAUUUAGCAGGUUCCUGAAAGUUUGUGGCUCUGAACUAGUGCGCCUUGAGUUGGCUUGCAGCCAUUUCCUCAAUGAGACUUGCUUGGAGGUCAUUGCUGAGAUGUGUCCAAACCUUCAGGAAUUAAAUCUCUCCUCCUGUGAUAAGCUACCACCUCAGGCUUUCAACCAUAUUGCCAAAGUGUGCAAUCUUAAGCGUCUCGUCCUUUAUCGAACAAAAGUAGAGCAAACAGCACUGCUCAGCAUUCUGAACUUCUGUUCAGAGCUUCAGCACCUCAGCCUUGGUAGCUGUGUCAUGAUUGAAGACUAUGACCUGAUAGCGAGUAUGAUGGGAGCAAAGUGCAAAAAACUGCGUACUCUGGAUUUGUGGAGAUGUAAAAACAUUACUGAAAAUGGAAUAGCAGAACUGGCUUCAGGAUGUCAGCUCUUGGAGGAGCUUGAUCUUGGCUGGUGCCCUACGCUACAAAGCAGUACUGGCUGCUUCACAAGCCUCGCGCGUAAGCUCCCAAACUUGCAAAAGCUCUUUCUUACAGCCAACAGGUCUGUGUGUGACACAGACAUUGAAGAACUUGCUGCUAACUGUACUCAUCUUCGGCAGCUGGACAUACUGGGGACAAGGAUGGUAAGCCCUGCAUCUUUAAGAAAAUUGCUGGAGUCUUGUAAGGAUCUUUCUUUACUUGAUGUGUCCUUCUGUUCACAAAUUGAUAAUAGAGUUGUCCUAGAACUGAAUGCCAGCUUUCCUAAUGUGUUCAUAAAAAAAAGUUUCACUCAGUGACUCACUAUGUGUGCUGCUAUGGAAUUCAUUUGACAGUGUUGUUUCCUGUGAAUUUGUGAUUACAUUUUUCUUCAAAAAAGAAAUUAAAAUCUUCCAUAAAAUAGAGGGGAAAUGUUAACAAUAUUCUUGAAAUGAGUACAUAUUAUGUAUUUGGUGCAGAGCUCUUAUUCUCCUGUACCUAGUAAUUGUUUUCCCUUUGUUAAUUGAUGGCACUGCAUGUGUUUAAAUAGCCACAUUUGUGGCCUAAACUAGAGAAGAUGAAGAAAACAUAUUCUUGAUGCCCUUUUAAAGAAAAUUUUGUACAAUAAGAUACAUUAAAAUCCAGGUGAAAGUGAAGUUUUAACAUUUAGCAAUAGAGAAAUGAUGUGAGUUUCUCUGUCUUGUAGGUUGUAGUGUUUUAGUUUUGGCCUGUGGCAUAAGACCUUGUGAUCUGGCCUGUAAUGUGCUGUCUGAAAAAUUGUUUAAGCUAGUGUAAGAUCAGACUAGACUAAAGAGCCACUUUUUUCUCUCCUUUUGUUGACAGUGAUUGGUAUCUAUUUUAAAACUCUGAUAUAUCUGCUAAGAGUUUUUUUUCCCCUUCAAAUGGAUGAAAUGCGGCAAUGUUUUACAGUCCAGCUUAAUUGACACAACAGAAAAAUACAAAAACCCACCAUAUGAGUUUAUAGCAGAAAC